AUGAUAGCAUCAGCAAAGCAAACAAGAGACAUCCUGCUAAGAACGGAGGGAUCCCAUUACAAAAGGGCCAUUUAUCCAAUUCCAGAUAACCAGGAAGUCUUCCGAUCCACCGUAACAAAGACCAACAUCAUCGUCGAGCUGGUUGACCGGCUAGAACCCGGUUCAUAUACUCUGCCGGCAGAGACGGCGGCGCAGUUGACGGCCUCGAGCGCUGGGAGCGAAUGGAGUACCUCUACGGAAGUUAGCAAGGAGGACCUGAGUGCCGUUCUAUAUCAUCUCCAUGAUAUGUGCACCGCAAACGGGGACAGCUAUGAGAUUCUCGACUCACCAAAGCCAUACCCCGUCCAGCUCAUACCUGCUCCCGCAUACACCUGCCAGGCACUGGUGACCUCGAAGAUAAGAGUCCCCGACAACCUGCCGUCGUCAAAUACGUCCGCUCAGGCUUCGUCAGAACCGCCAUCGUCCGGUUCAACAGCUACCGGUACGAUAAACGAACGCGAAUCAACCUCGACAUGUCACUUUUUCCUUGUACGGCUGGCUCAGUAUGGCACAGAUAUACUCGUCUGUAUCAACGUGCCUCACGACAUGCUUGAAGAGUCUGGAGUUCCCGGUGCCGUCGCCCAAGAGGAGAUGCACGCCCAUGGGAUAAUGGCAAACAUGAUGCGGUCUCUAGGAGUAGUGGAUUAUGGACUCUUUGGAAACUAA